AUGGGUCGCGUGUGUGCGUUUGAAGACACUGUAUGUCCUCAACUUCAGCGCGAAGCUCAGCAGCAUCAGCGCCAAGAUGGAGGACGAGGACGUAGCGAUCUUCUUGUGAAGCAGUCUUUCCAAGAGCUGCGAGAACGUCGGUCUCAACUUGUAGAUGAGCAGCGCAAACUGCAACUGCGCGACGCUGUCAAUGUGUUGACGAACGAUCAUAUCAAGCAUCAAGGUGCCAAGUCUGCGGCGUUGAAGGCUGAAGAAGUGACCAAGGCCUUCAGUACCGAGCGCGAAGUUCGUCGAUGCUCGUUCUGCGGAAAUUGGGGAGAAGUGGAACGUUGCUGGACCAAGCAGAAGGAGAGAAUCGGGGAGCUCGACGCGGUAGCAAUGCUCCUGGACGCGGAGCGAAUCAAGUCCAGUGGCAAGGAUACAACAGCAACAACAACUGCGACUACGAUCGAGUGGUGUUUGCUGUUUACUGGAAUGCAUAAUUUCAGCGAUCAAGAAGACGUCUGGGAUAUGGGCGAAUAG